AUGUUGUCUCCUACGAUCGUCCCUCGCUCUACAGGAUCGUGCCUCCGAGCGGUCGCGUCGCGAUCGACAAGCGGUUGCCCUUCGUCGUCGUGGUGGGGUGGUGAUGCUGGCCGUCGUCGUUUGCUCGCAACGGCGGCAAGUUCCUUCUUCCCCGACGAGCCCAAGGCAACUACGGUCAGCACUGCAGUUCCAGGUGCGUUCUUGCAUCUCGCCACUACGUCUGGUGAAAAGCUUGGAGGCCGUACUCACGCUGCUUGGGAUCUUCCCUUCCGGAUUGUUCCCAUUAGGUCCGAACUCGAAGCAGGCGAGCGAGGCGAUCGCUCAGUUUCAGGACCCAAGAACCCAUGUCUUUGUUACUGGUGAGCUUAGAAUGGCUCGACGGUCCAGCUCAAAAGAAGGGAAUGCUGAUCGUCUGGGGAAAUCUCCGAUAGACUACGCCAAAUCCCAAGGUGGCCCCUCGCGUGGAGCUCCCCACUUGACCCCGGCCUUCAAACUGAUCGCAUGCACCAUUUUGCCCGCCCAUUGCAGGAAAUUACAUCGCCGACGUGGACGGAAACGUCAUGCUCGAUGUCUUUGCGCAAAUCGCUUCGAUCCCGAUCGGCUACAAUAAUCCGCGCUUGCUCGAACUCGCCAAAUCGGACGAAUUUGCCAUCGCUGCGUCAGUCCUCACCACUCCGUGGAUUUAGUCGACGGUUCAGGAUCCGAAGACUGACCCGGUCUUGUAAACCUUCCGACAGGAUGAAUCGACCCGCCCUCGGCUCCUUCCCUUCGAAAGAAUGGGCGGAGACAAUCAAUUCGGGGCUCUUGUCGGUUGCGCCGAGCGGGACCCCCCACCUCUUUACGCAAAUGUGUGGCUCGUGCGCCAACGAGGGCGCGUUGAAGGCCGCGUUCAUGGCCUAUCGUGCGAGGCAGAGGGGAGAAGAGCAAGCCUUUUCCGCCGAAGAGGUGCGUCGACCCCGGCCUUCGCCAUCGUACGAAAGUUCGGGAGUGAAUGCUGAUCCCUGCAUCCUGCACCCCUUCCCAUAGAUGAGCUCGUGCAUGAAGAACGAGGCUCCAGGGGCACCGCAGCUGACGGCCAUGUCGUUCACAACCGCAUUUCACGGGAGGCUAUUUGGGUCUCUGUCGUUGACGAGGUCCAAGGCGAUCCACAAGGUGAGCGUGUGGCCCCGUCUCUCGUGUCGGAAACUUGCGUUCGAGGUGGCGCUGACGUUUCUCUUCGUGGCUACCGACCAGCUCGACAUCCCUGCCUUCGAUUGGCCCGCCGUCCCCUUCCCUCUACUCAAAUACCCCCUAUCGGAAUACGCUUCUGAAAACGCCGAGACCGAAGCGCGCGCCUUGGCCCAGGUCGAAGCGACGAUCGUCGAGCAAAAGAAGAUCGGGAGGGACGUCGCGGCGUUGAUCGUCGAACCGAUCCAGGCCGAAGGCGGUGACAACCACGCCAGCCCCGGCUUUUUCAAUGCCCUGAGGACGUUGACCAAGGUGAGCGCAGAGACACGAGCUGUGCCGUCGAUUUGAUCAAUGACUGACAACGGCUUGGUUUACCUAUUCCACCAGGAGCAUGGGGUGUACAUGAUUGUCGACGAAGUGCAAACGGGCGUCGGCGCGACGGGAUCGUUCUGGGCCCAUGAGAAAUGGAAUCUCGACACGCCCCCCGAUUUCGUCACGUUCUCGAAAAAGAUGCAGGCCGCCGGGUUUUACCACCGCGCCGAGUUGAGGGCCAGUCUGCCGUAUCGCAAGUGAGUGUUUUCGGAAUAUGGCUCGACGAGGAUCGAGGCCAGGUGAGCUGAUCCCGUCGCUUGCGUCGUGGUCGUCGAUGGCAGCUACAACACCUGGAUGGGCGACCCGAUUCGAGCCCUGCAGGCGCGCGAGAUGAUCUCGUACAUCAAGGAAUACGACCUCGUCGCUCACACCGAAGCGAUCGGUAAUGCGCUCUACGCUUCGCUGCUCUCGCGCGCCAAGUCGAACCACUCGCAGCACAUUCAGAACCUCCGUGGCGAGCACGCCGGCACGUUCAUCGCAUGGGACCUCGAAACGGCGGCCAAGCGGGACAAGUUGGUCGUAGAGAUGAGGCAACGUGGGGUCAAUAUGGGGGCGUGUGGGGAUCGUGCGGUGCGACUGCGGCCGAUGUUGGUCUUUGGGCAGCCCCAAAUGGAGGUCCUGUUGGGGACGUUGGACGAGGUGCUCAAGGAGAUCUGA